UUGCUUUAUACAACAAAACAGUAAAAAAAAAACCAGAAAGCAGCCCGUCUUUUUUUGUUCAAUCACCUCCCCCUCUCCUCUCAGUCUAGUUCCGACAGAAAACAACCCGUUGUAUGCGCUGGACUGUAAGCGGCCUGUACGGCCCACUUUCUCUGUCCAUCAUCCUAAUAUGAAAAGUUAGGCUUUUGUUUGGUGGUUCCAUCUGUCAGAUCUCUCGACGACACCUUUCUGAACGAUAGUUAGGGUUUUUCUGAUCAACGCGUUCUCCAUUUAUUUUCUGAAUCGAAAUCAGUACUGCACUGGCUUUGCUGGUAUCGCAAUGGGCAUCUGGGAUUCCUUCCUCAACUGGCUUCGGAGCUUGUUCUUCAAGCAAGAAAUGGAGCUUUCCCUGAUAGGACUUCAGAAUGCUGGGAAAACAUCACUUGUGAAUGCUAUUGCAACUGGAGGAUACAGUGAAGACAUGAUCCCGACUGUGGGUUUCAACAUGCGGAAAGUUAUGAAGGGAAAUGUGACAAUAAAGUUGUGGGACCUUGGGGGCCAGAGGAGAUUCCGCACCAUGUGGGAGCGUUACUGUCGUGGUGUCUCUGCAAUUCUCUAUGUUGUAGAUGCAGCCGAUAGGGAUAGUGUGGCCAUCUCAAAGAGUGAGCUCCAUGACCUUCUUAGCAAACCUUCUUUAAGCGGUAUCCCAUUGCUCAUUCUUGGGAACAAGAUAGAUAAAUCAGAAGCCCUCUCAGGGCAAGCACUCGUCGAUCAGCUAGGCAUUGAUGCUAUCAAAGACAGGGAGGUGUGCUGCUACAUGAUUUCAUGCAAGGACUCGAUAAAUAUUGACACGGUCAUUGACUGGCUAAUCAAACACUCAAAAACUGCCAAAUGAAAGAGAGUUUCCUGUAUUUAUGAUGUGAUUUGGCUGUAUAUACUGAUUUGGCUGUAUAUACUGUUAUUUCUUUCUUGAUAAGUUCUACUGUUAAAAAUUUGUGUUAUAUCUGUAUUCCACCAUGCCUUUGAAAGUGGUGCUUGAUGCGGGUUCUCUGCACCACUUUGUCA